GUCACGCGGCGGGACGAGCCGCUUCCACAAACGAACGCGCCUCUCUGUGGAAACAGGAAGUCAGAAAACAGGAAGUUAGGAAACAGGAAUAAUCGGAGGAUAAGUGACAGUAAAGUUUUUUAAACAUGAGCCGAAUUUAUCACGACACGUGUUUACAGAACAAACCGGUUCACAACGAGGUGUUCACCGGUGUUUGGUCUCCGUCCGCGUAUGAAAGCGGCCCGGGGGUUCUUCUUGAGGGAAAGCUGCUGGAUGUUUCCAGACACGCAAUCAGUGAUGUCAGAAAUCAAAAGGUCCGGUUCUACGUGCUGUAUAUAAAACCCGGCCGCAUCCACCAGAGGAAGUUCGAUGCCAGGGGGAAUGAAAUCGAGCCGAACUUCAGUGACACCAAAAAGGUCAACACCGGCUUCCUCAUGUCCUCCUACAAGGUGGAAGCUAAAGGCGAGUCGGACAUUCUGUCCCACGAGCAGCUGUCGACGAUGGUCAACAAAGAUGAGCUGAUGAAAAUAUCCGACAAGCAUCGACCCAGCGGCACCUGGGCCUUCUGGUACCCGGAGACGGAGAUGGACAAAACCGAGCUGGAAACAGGACAGGACGUCCGACUGAAGACGAGAGGAAACAGUCCUUUCAUAUUCUCUUUAGCCAAAGUGGAUGGAGGCACAGUGACCAAGUGUAACUUUGCCGGAGAUGGAAAUGCCGGAGCUUCGUGGACGGACAAGAUUAUGUCCAAUAAAUCAGAGACAGGCAGCACAAACACGUCUGGAGCCGGAGAGGGAGCGGAGGAGGAUGAGUGGGACGAGUGAGUAAACUAUCAGCCCCGCUCCAGCCUCCAGGUGGAACUGCUUCAACUUGGCUCCGCUCCUGUUUAUCUGUCUUCGGAUUGGACUCCCACAUUCCACUGGGGUGUCGGAGCUCUUGCAUCAGGGGCCUGACAUGUUGCAGUGCAGGACUCGACUCUUUCAGCUGAAGAGAAUCCAGCUGUUGGGUGUUAUGCAGAAACAGAACCUUGUUUUUUUUACUUUGGAUUUAAUCCACUUUUAUACGACUGUAAAUACUCUUGUCGUUAUAGACACUAAAACAAUGAAUAAAACAGCAACCCCAUGCCCUGCUAUUAAAUAUUAUAUUAAAAAUA